AUGGCCGCACGUAGCGAAUGGGUCGCAGACGACCGGGAUGAUGAGGAUGAAGGCCAUUUAGACGAGUUUCGCAACCGAGUCAGGGAGGUUUGGGAGCAGAUUCAUCUAGAGAAGAUGCUCUCAGAGGCGGAUAAAUACCUCCAAGCAUUGCCCAACCAUCCUCUGGAAUGGAUGUACUUUGGACAGAUUCCAAUGGGCGUGAGAGUCAUUGAUGCAGUGUGGGGGGAGGAGUAUUUGUGUUCUGAAGGUCUUAUAUUCUUUACAGCAAUCAUUAGUACAUAG